AUGUCAGAACAACAAUCGACAGAGUCAAAUCUUCCUGGAGUGAUCAAAAUUGACCCGUGGCUAAAGCCUUUUGCCUCUGAUAUUGCUCGACGUGCUGCAAUUGCUCAAGACUGGGUUGAUAGAUUAGAAACGGACGAAAAAGGAAUUGUGGCGUUCGCGGAAGGCUACAAGUACUAUGGUUUUCAGGUUAAUGAUAAGACUGGCGAUAUAACAUAUCGUGAAUGGGCUCCUAAUGCUGUUGCCGCUUCCUUAAUUGGAGAUUUUAAUGGCUGGGACAAGUCAGCUAACGUCAUGAAAGUUAAUGAAUACGGUGUCUGGUCAACGAUCAUUCCUGCUUCAAGACCUGGUGUCAGUGCUAUCCCUCAUGGAACCAAAGUAAAAAUUGCUUUAAAGCUUCCUGGUGGUAACUGGAUUGAACGUCUUCCUGCGUGGAUUAAGCGUGUAACUCAAGAUUUGUCCGUUUCUCCUGCUUAUGAUGCUAUUUUCUGGAACCCUCCCCGAAAGUAUGUUUGGAAAAACAAGGCACCACCCAAACCUGAGGCUGUGAAGAUUUACGAGGCCCAUGUGGGCAUCUCUACCACUGAAGCCAAGGUAGGAACUUAUAAGGAGUUUACUCAAAACGUUUUGCCACGUAUUCACCGUUUGGGAUACAAUACAAUUCAAUUGAUGGCCAUUAUGGAGCACGCUUAUUAUGCAUCUUUUGGCUAUCAAAUUACUUCAUUUUUUGCUGCGUCAUCUCGUUAUGGACCACCUGAGGAUCUUAAGGAGCUUGUCGAUACUGCUCAUGGACUUGGAAUCACUGUUUUGCUUGACGUUGUACAUUCCCAUGCCAGCAAGAACGUUCUGGAUGGUCUUAAUGACUUUGACGGAACUGACUAUCAGUAUUUUCAUGGCGGUAGUAAAGGUCAACAUGAUCUUUGGGAUUCACGUUUGUUUAACUAUGGAAAACACGAAGUAUUGAGAUUUUUGCUUUCCAAUUUACGCUUUUUCAUUGAUGAGUAUCAUUUCGAUGGAUUCCGUUUCGACGGUGUAACUAGCAUGUUGUAUUUGCAUCAUGGGAUCGGUACAGGCUUUUCUGGAGGUUAUCAUGAAUAUUUUGGUCCCUCUGUUGAUGAAGAAGGUGUUGUUUAUCUUAUGCUUGCAAAUAUUAUGCUUCGAAAGCUCAACCCUAAUAUCAUAACAAUUGCAGAAGAUGUAUCUGGUAUGCCUACACUUUGUAUUUCGACAGAUCUUGGUGGAAUUGGCUUUGAUUAUCGUUUAGGGAUGGCUAUUCCUGAUAUGUGGAUCAAACUUUUAAAAGAAAAAUCCGAUGAUGAGUGGAAUAUGGGUGAUAUUUGCUGGACCUUAACCAAUAGAAGACAUAUGGAGAAAACUGUGGCAUAUGCUGAGUCUCAUGAUCAAGCAUUAGUUGGUGAUAAAACCCUGGCAUUUUGGCUUAUGGAUAAGGAGAUGUACACACACAUGUCUGUUUUAUCUGAUCCCAGUUCUAUUAUCGACCGAGGAAUUGCAUUGCACAAAAUGAUUAGAUUCAUUACGCAUGCCCUUGGUGGUGAAGGUUGGCUCAAUUUUGAAGGAAACGAAUUUGGCCAUCCUGAAUGGCUUGACUUUCCUAGAGCUGGAAAUAACAGUUCGUUUCACUAUGCAAGAAGACAAUGGAAUUUGGUGGAUGAUCAUUUGUUGAAAUAUAAAUAUCUCAAUCAGUUUGAUACUGUAAUGGAGCACACUGAAGAUAAGUAUAAAUGGCUUUCUUCACCGCAAGCUUACGUGUCGCUUAAGAAUGAAAGUGACAAAGUUAUUGUUUUCGAAAGAGCGGGUGUUUUGUUUGUCUUUAAUUUCCAUCCUACCCAGUCUUAUCAAGAUUAUCGAGUUGGAGUGGAGGUACCAGGAACCUACCGUAUUAUUCUUGAUACUGAUUCUGAAGAGUUUGGAGGGUUCAAAAGAAUCGAUCAUGAUAAAACUCGUUGCCUUACGACACCCUUUGAGUGGAAUAAUCGGAAAAAUUUUAUUCAAAUUUAUUUGCCUAGUCGGUGCGCUCUUGCUUUUGCAUUAGAAAAUAAAAUUUCCUAA